AUGCUUCCCUUGAGCUCCCUCUGUUCCCGUUCCAUCGUUCUACAGGAGGCGAACAGCACUCCCACGGCCCGCCGAAAUCCGCCGCAGAGCACGAUGAGGUCUAAAACACCCGUCAUCCUGCUCACGUCGCUCGCCGGUACUCUAGAAUUUGUCGACGCGGCUGGCAACCACGAGGUCAGCACUUUCAACCAGACAGCGUAUGCCGCCUUGCCAGCGUGCGGAAGACAAUGUGUCGAUUCAGUCUCCUCGGUCAACGACUGCGAUACCAGAAGUGGCAGCUGUUUCUGUUCGAGCGGGAACCUCACGGCAGCCUUCAAGACAUGUCUCCAGACAGGCUGCAAGCUGCCUCUUGACAUGCUUGCAUCGCAGCGGUACCAAGCAGACGUAUGCGACUACCCCGUCAGAAGCAAGCAAUCGCUCCACCGUGGCGUAACAUGGUCUGUGUUCGUCCUUGCCACAACCUUCACAGCAUUCCGAGUUAUGGCUCGUCUUCCGGCUUUACAAGGCACUGGCUUCUCUUGGGACGAUUAUGUUGUAUUCUUCUCCUAUCUUCUGGUACUGCUAUCCGACGUGGCCACCGAGAUCACGCUACAUUAUGGGUCGGGGCUGGACGUGUAUCGCCUCACGGCUCAUGAAUUCGUCAUAUAUACCCAAUGGACGUAUGUCAGCGAGAUCUUGUAUAACACUGUUGUCAUUACCACUAAAAUCGCAGUCGUACUACUGUAUCUUCGGAUCUGGUCGUCUUCGAGGAUCACGAAGGCCUUUCGCGUCACCAGCUGGACAAUCAUUGGUUCCCUGGUCGUCACAUGCAUCGCAUUUGACUUUGGCUUGAUCUUCCAGUGCGUGCCUGUGUCGUCUAUAUGGGGCUACAUCAACGGCGAAGCUGGCCAAUGUGUAAACCUGCCUGCUUUGACGUACACUUUUAGGGCGAUCUCUAUCUGCUAUGACGUGUUGAUCUUCUUCCUACCUAUCCACAGUCUCAUGAAGCUGAACAUUGCCUGGCAACGCAAAGUCGGGGUGUGCUUCGUCUUCCUCGUCGGCUUCGUCGUCACUAUCUGCGGUAUCGUCCGCUUACAAUACCUUGUUCACUUCAACUCAAAGGAGAACCCGACCUGGGUCUUUCAACCAAUAUCAAUGUGGUCGAUCAUAGAGAUCAACCUCAGCAUGGUCUGCAUCUGCAUGCCAGCCGCGGCUGGUCUAGCACAACGAACGUGGCGAUGGUAUCAGGGCAACCAAGUCUCGCAUUCUGCCGGGGUCGUUGUGAAGCAGAGAGACCUCAGCGGUUCGACUGCGAACAUAUCGGAACUAUACUCGAAGGACGACAAAGGCCAUGGAUUCGUCACCGAUAUAGAGUCAGGGAACGAUGCGCAAGUAGACUGUGAGACGAACCUCACAGACGUCGAGCAAGCACCGGCACGGGGCGAAGUGCAUGGCCGAAUGAAGGACGAUCUAGAAGGAGGCACGGUCUACGAACUGCAGAGCAAAUCAUUCGACAACGAACAGCCACUAUCAGCUGCAUCGGUACUGGAGCAGCACAAUCUGGGUCAAUACACACCGUCCCCGCCGCACUCCGGCAAGGAGGUCUCUGGGUCGGUACAUCAAGCACAUCCCCCUGGCCAACAGAACAAGGUGGAGAUCAGCCAUAAUCCGCCAAAAGCAGCGUCCGAGUCAGCCUUCUCAUACAGAGACGACAAUGAUGUCGUACAUCAAGUCACACUGACAGACAUGCCAGAGAGCACAUACGCACUGCCCGGAGGCACCAAUUCGCCGUCCCCAGGCACAGAGCUCUCCGAUCUUCGAGACGUUAAGGUGAAAAAGAAGGUUUGGCCAGCCAGAGGUGAUGCGAGGCUGGGCGAUCUGACCUCUGGGCAUGGAUGA